ACCCAGGGCACUAAAGAAGAAUAAACUCUCACCAUUUGGACAAUCGCAAAGUAACAACAAGAAUAACAACAAGGGAAUUCUGUUUCUACUACGUUAUCUCCGAAACCAUUCUCUGCGCCAUUCUCCCAUCUUCCAACAUUGAAGAUCCAGCAACAACAUUUGGAAGUAUUUAGGUAUUUCCGUACCUCGCAUAUAUCUAUUUAACAUCAACCUCACCUCAUCAUCAAAUACACCACCAACCUUAUCAACCGGAUUGAUCUUACUAGUAGAAUAAUCGCCCGCCACGGUCGCAAGAAUUGUCGCAUUGACCACAUUUCUGCGGGACCUCUAUUCCAUUCCACUGAAUUGAAUUGAUUCAUCUUAUACGCAAUUGGGCUUCUGCCUGAUUUUGCCACUUCGCUUUCGCGUCGACCCACAGCCAUUGGAAUCACAACGAUGGCUGACAAACCAACAUCGCCAACUGGUAUCAAUUCUUUUUCCUCGCCUUCUAAGUUUUCAACUUUUACACGCAACGUGGACAAGACUGCCAUGGCGCCUUUCGCCCCAUCAGUCCAGUCGGGAGUCAAGAAAGCUCUAGACAUCAGUAAUUUGAUGUCACCACCUGAACCUCCUCGAUUUGAUUCAUUCUCUCAAAGACGCGAUUCGAACUCGAUGGGUCCAGCUGUUUCCGACGUUCGACGAUUGCGUCCAAUCCCACCUCUAUCUCCCCCUAUCUCGCCUGCUACUAAAGCUGAUGACCACCCUGCCGAUGCCCCGUCGACAGUCACCCCUAUCAAGGAUCCUAUUCUGUAUCCCACCCAAGAUGCUACCAACUCGCCUCAACAGCGACCAUUAUUUAGUCAAGACGACUCGAUUGAAGUCCGCCGACUUGUGGAUGAACACGUCAAUACCCGACCAGCAGAUUUCUUCAGAGAGGCAACUCCACCAAAGCGGGAGGAUUAUGAGUUGUUCCUGUAUUUCCAUUCGGAGGUCAUGAAGCAAUAUUGCAAAGAUCCAAAGGCGUGGCUGAAACGAGAGCGUGAGUUCUUGCUAGCGGACCGACGGGAUCGAGCACGAAGGAACCCCCUUAAACUUCAGCCUAUUCUUCCUGCCAAGCCGCAACAAAUUCGAAAGGAGACACAACGUGCCAAGGUUGCGAAACCCGCCAAGGUUGUGAAGGCCUCGCAAUCCCAUGCUACAGCCCCGCGUCCGAUUCGAUCCUACCCGCCCACUGCCGCGUCUCAGCCCAAUCGCCUAUCCAGUGCAACGAGCCCUGACCCCUCCCCACGCCGCGCAGUCGCUCCGAAUCGUGAAGACAAGGACUUUGAAUCUCUUCCAAACUACUGCCCACCCACCGACUCGCUCCCGCGCAAAGCGAACAGUCUCAAGGUGGAUUGGAAGGGAACCCCAAUUGACCUAAGCUGCGAUCCACAUCGUCACCUCCUACAUCCCGACGAGAUUGCGCUUGCGGCCAACCUUCGACUUGAUUGUGCUACCUAUCUCACUAGCAAGAGGAGGAUGUUCAUCAGACGCCUAGAAUGUCUUGGCGUAGGAAAAGAGUUCCGCAAGACGGAUGCGCAGCAGGCCUGCAAAAUCGAUGUCAACAAGGCCUCAAAGCUUUGGACAGCUUUCGACAAAGUUGGUUGGCUCGACAAGGUUUGGAUGAAUCCCCAUAUGUAAAAGACCUUCCUAUUUCCCGCAUUCUUGGACUAUCAGCCAGGCAUAGGCUGUCCCAUGAGCGGUACAAACUCCUACCUACCAGCAUAAGGGGUUUAUAGAUUGAGGUAUUCUGUUAUUUUUGCAUAAUGGCUUUCAUCUCAGGUUUUUG